UUUGUAUUUUAGUUUAGUGAAAAUAGAACUCGUGCUUUUCUUUUAUUUAUUUUAUGAAAACUACAAGAAUUCAAGAUGAGUUUUAAUUCAAAUAAAACUCCUAAUCAACCUCCUUUGUCACAUUUCGAUAAAUCAUUCACUGACAAUCCCUGGGAUGUGCUUUACUGCUCACUAAACGACAUUGAGCCCAUCUUCACCGAAAUGGAAUUUCCUGAAGACAAAGAUUUCUUUCAAAAACAAAUCAUCGAUCCUCGGAAUAAAUUACCAGUGGAUCAGUCCUUGUAUGACCAUACAAUCUCCUUGAAGCCAGAAAUAUUCAGAUGUCCGAACAGGUCCAAAUUGAGCUACAAAGAACACUCGAUUUGUUUGGCGUUUCUUCAAUCGAUGAAGGCGAAACAACAAAUCUUCCCGCAUCAGAUUGAAUGUUUUGAGAAAACAGCUGAACGACGGCAUGCCGAGCAAGUAGAGUUCUUGGAUUUCUUAUCACAAUACAACAAUGCUAGCUUUGAGAAGAUAUACGCUCCUAGUCUGAUGCUCGUUGAGCUCUAUCAGGCUCUGUAUAAGCGUGAAGUGCAGCGGCUGAUGGAGAAGCACCAGGACGGGAUUUUUCAAAUUCACACGGGUUUUCCAGUUCCACAGAAAUGUGGGAAUGUAGAGACUCUUGGAACUAUAUCCGACAUUGACUGUGUGGGUGAUAAUCGUACUGCUCCUCCUCGACUUGAUCAGAAUUUGGACUUUUCAAAGAUGAAGCCGGGCAUGGAAGCAUACGUAGAUUUCCAUUUGCAUGGCGAAGGUGUUGAAGAACCGCAAGAAGUGGGUACUCAAGCGCAGUACAAUAUUUCAGUCGAAGCCCUCGUCUUUUUACUCAGCGCUGGUGAGUACAUUGACACUCCGUCAGAGGUUGUAGUUGAGGUUGUUGCGAGAGAGGACGGCGAGAACGUCUUUCAUAUAAAUGACCUUCUACCGUCAAGAAACACAGGACCACACACUGCUGAACUGAUAACAAGUAUAAGCACUGAAAUGUUCCUGAAAACAAAAGUAGACGAAAGCCCCCCGGAAGUUGACGCUACCGAUUUCAAGGGCUCCUACCAACUACAAUCCAUCGAAGACUUCGUGAAUUCCCCUUUUUGCAGUCAAAAUAAAGCUUUGAGCUGUCCAGCGACGACUUCUAUGAGUCAUACCAAAUGGACUUUGAACCUAGACAACGACAGCAAAAAAAUCCAUAUAACCUCUCGGAAAAGACCUGGCUAUAGAGACUCCUUGUUGAAAACAAGAGAGACAUUCCACAGCCUUAAACUCGAAUACAAACCCCAAUUUGGCUGUGAAAUCAUCAGCAAAGCCACUCUCCUGAGAGAGUGGCUGCAAUUGCAGCUUUCCAGCUCGCCAGAUUCUUCGAUCCAACGAUAUCGCAUCAACGCCAGCACCUUUAAGACUGUCCUCCAAGAAAACCUCCACCUGGAGGACGUGGAACUCGAACUGGAAAGACGCUACAAGGUAAAAACUUCCCGUCUACUUGGUUCCCUGGGCGAAUUUCUCGGCCUUCUUAGCAACGUUGGACCGGGCAGGUAUCUGCUGCGAUACAAUCCCCGCUUCCAAGAGAAACUGAUGCUAUAUGCUGAGGUGAACGACUCCACCAGCAAAUCCAGCAUCAGUUUGCACAGCCUGCUGCAAGAGACUCCCAGUGAUUUGGCUUUUAUGACACUUCGCCAGUUGACUCCCAUCGAUGACGUACUGUGUUCGGCAGUGCAUGACUUCUAUAAAAUCCUGCCAUGUGCGUUCCCAGCAGGAUCAAAAGGCGCACGGACUACAAGAAGAGUCAUCGACGAUAGGAAUUUCAUUCAGAAAAAGAACAAAGCCAAGAUGGACUUGAUUCUAGAGAAGCAAAAGAAACAAAAGGCAAAGAGGAAUGUUGUAAAGCGAACAAAGAGGGCUAAAAAACUCAAACAGAAAUCCAAAGUGGCCCAGGAGCAGCAAAAGGAUAUCACAGAACUUGACGAGGAAAUCAAAAAUGAUCGAAUUUUGUUUGGUUUUGAAUGAAUAUCUCAUGGACACAGGUUGUUGACUUAAUAUUUAUUUGCAAAGUUGUUUAUAAAUAAAAAUUCCAUUCAAAUUUCCUCAAAACACUCCA